UCGUGAUCACUGUCCUCGCAGUCACCGCUCUCAGGGCUUCACACAGCCUCCUGCAUGUCCGGGGAGAGGGGACGUCGUGUGCAUGGGUGCCCAUCCCUCCUAGUAUUUUAAUGGCGACCUUUGGUGAAGGCAGUGACCGCUGUGGCAGAAUGAUGCCCCGGUGCCUGGCGCAGGUGCAGCAGCUCGAGACUCGGGUGGCCCGCAGACGCCUGUCCCAGGCCCGCCACCGAGCCACGCUGAAAAGACUCUUCAGUAACCUCAGGAGAAUCGUUUACCACCAGUCUGACAUCACGGCCUCAAAAUGGCAGGUUUUGAACAGGGCGAAGAAUCACAUUCGGGAACAGGAAAAAGUCUUGGAUCAUCUGCUGAAGGUGAAAGAAGCCUUCAGGCUGGAGGAUGGGAAUGCAAACAGCUUAGAGGAGGUCAAGGAAAUAUACGCCAGCAUGUUCUGCAGAAAUCACAGCCUGUGCCCGAAUAAGGUUCAUCCGAAAGACUUUGCCCACUCGUGCCCCUUUGAAGCAAUCUGGAAUGAGGCUGAGGAGGAAGAUGAGGAGGAGGAAGAGGAGGAAGAUGAGGAGGAAGAUCAAGAAGAGGAAGAAGAGGAGGAGGAGGAGGGGGAGGAGGAAAAAGUGGAGCUCUUACCUUCCUCGGUCACUUUGUCACCAGACCUCAUGGAAUUUGAACGGUACCUCAACUUUUACAAGCAGACAAUGGACCUUCUGACCGGAAGCGGGAUGAUCUCCUCGCAGGAGGUGACACUCCCUGUGAUGUCUGCCGCCAUCUCCCACCUGUGGCAGAACCUCUCGGAGGAGAAGAAGGCUGUUUUCCUGGAGGCCUUGGCGCAGAAGCACAGCAGCCUGCCGGGCCUCGAAGGGGCCGCCCAGGAGCCGGCCUGUGCCGAGGGCAGCAUGAAGGACAGUGGAGUUGACAGCCAAGGGGCCAGCUGCUCGCUCAUGUCCACCCCGGAGGAGUUCCUUUUUGAAGAUGCGUUCAAUGUGGCGUGUUUCCUGGACAAAUGUGAGGAUCCAAGUACAUCUAGCUCCAGUUCCUUGUUUGCCAGCUGCCACCCGGAGAACCCAGAAGAGAAGUUUCAGCUCUAUACGCAGCUCGUUGACUUCUUUAAUGACCUUUGCUGUGUUAACACUCAGCCGAAACAGGAACCAGACCCUCCUCCCCUGGACCAUGAGCUGUUGAUGCUGCAGUGCAUGGAGACCUUUGACGACGAAGAUCUGUAAUACAGCACAGCUGGGAGGGAAGGGGGUGUGUGAGCUGGACCGUUUCCAAGUUUGGAUGCCAGCAGCCAAAGCUGCCCAUGCCUCAGCCUUCUGGGAGUGUUUUGGAUGGACUGCCCCAGCAGCAUUUUGAUGGUUUUAGUUUCUGGUUAUUAUAAAGCAUUAAGAGCAGCGUGGCUCCAUGUUGGUCUUUCGGGGUAGUUCGGUACAAGGGACGGGCCUGCUGCAGGGCACACACCUGCUCCCCCUGUGCUCCUAUUCUCCUGUUUGGGGUGGGGGAUGUGGGCAUUGGGUGCUGCUGAGGCCCAGGCCACAGGCCUUCCAAGAAAAGGACAGGCAGGACCUGUCUCUGGAGGUGCCAUGAUACCAGAUACUUUCAGCACACUCUGGGUUCAGGUUAUUGUUCUGGUGGGUUCUAGAGAGUUCUGGGGACCACCCACUCAUCCUCCAGGCUCUGGGAGCUCAGGAACAGUGCUGACCUUAAUCGUGUGCUACAGGACAUCAGGGUAGAACCAGGUACACCUGCUU